AUGGCGGAGAGCUGGCUACGCCUCUCGGGGGUAGGGGCGGCGGAGGAGCCCGGGCCGGAGGGCGGCCUGGAGGAGCCCGACGCUCUGGAUGACAGCCUGACCAGCCUGCAGUGGCUGCAGGAAUUCUCUAUUCUCAACGCCAAGGCUCCCGCCCUGCCCUCAGGGGGCACCGACCCCCACGGCUACCACCAGGUGCCAGGCUCGGCCGCGCCGGGGUCUCCCCUGGCGGCCGACCCCGCCUGCCUGGGGCAGCCGCACACACCCGGCAAGCCCACGUCGUCGUGCACGUCGCGGAGCGCGCCCCCGGGGCUGCAGGCCCCGCCUCCCGACGACGUGGACUACGCCACCAACCCGCACGUGAAGCCGCCCUACUCGUACGCCACGCUCAUCUGCAUGGCCAUGCAGGCCAGCAAGGCCACCAAGAUCACCCUGUCGGCCAUCUACAAGUGGAUCACGGACAACUUCUGCUACUUCCGCCACGCUGAUCCCACUUGGCAGAAUUCCAUCCGCCACAACUUGUCCCUGAACAAGUGCUUCAUCAAGGUGCCUCGGGAGAAGGACGAGCCUGGCAAGGGGGGCUUCUGGCGCAUCGACCCCCAGUAUGCAGAGCGGCUGCUGAGCGGGGCCUUCAAGAAGCGGCGGCUGCCCCCGGUCCACAUCCACCCAGCCUUCGCCCGCCAGGCCGCACAAGAGCCCAGCGCCUCCCCAUGGGCCGGGCCGCUGACCGUGAACACCGAGGCCCAACAGCUGCUGCGGGAGUUCGAGGAGGCCACUGGGGAGGCAGGCUGGGGCGCAGGCGAGGGCAGGCUCGGGCAUAAGCGCAAACAGCCGCUACCCAAGCGGGUGGCCAAGGUCCCUCGGCCCCCCAGCACCCUGCUGCUCACCCAGGAGGAGCAGGGCGAGCUGGAACCCCUCAAGGGCAACUUUGACUGGGAGGCCAUCUUCGACGCUGGCACUCUGGGCGGGGAGCUGGGCUCGCUGGAGACCCUGGAGCUGAGCCCACCACUGAGCCCCGCCUCACACGGGGACGUGGACCUCACCGUCCACGGCCGCCACAUCGACUGCCCAGCCACCUGGGGGGCUUCAGUGGAGCAGGCUGCCGACAGCCUGGACUUCGACGAGACCUUCCUGGCCACGUCCUUCCUGCAGCACCCUUGGGACGAGAGCGGCAGUAGCUGCCUCCCCCCGGAGCCCCUCUUUGAGGCCGGAGAUGCCACCCUGGCCACUGACCUGCACGACUGGGCCAGCGUGGGUGCCUUCUUGUAA